AUGACGGACCGCAUGAUAAUCGGCAACAACCCGCUGCCCAGCAACCCGACGCCGCUGUCCGCCCCGCAAGAACAACAAGUGCGCGACCUGUACUACAAAAACGUGCGAGCCAAAUGCGCCCCCGAAAUCGAAACAUUUGCCUCGUGCGCCCUCGGCCGCACUUUCACCAUGAUCUAUGCGUGUCGCGAUGCGCGCCUCGCUAUGAAUAGUUGUAUGCUGCAGUAUCAGAAUCAGGAUGAGCUGGAUAAGGCGCGGCAGGAGUGGUUUGCGCUUGCUGGGGAAAGGAAAAAGGCGAGAGAAGAACAUCAGAGGAAGCUUGAGGAGGCGCGGUCGAAGCAUAAGGAGUGGUGGAAUUUGGAUGAGCAGGGGAGGACGGUGGGGAAGAGGGCGGAGCAGGUGAAUGAGGCUGGCCUCGCGAGACGUGAGGAGAAUCGUGUGGAUGAUCGGGGUGUUACGAGGGGUGGGAUAUAUAGAGGGACGUGA